GAUCCGAGCUCCACGUGAUGCUCCGUUCUACUCCUGUAGUUGGCAGCAUGACCAUAGUACAGUACUAAGGGAGUGUGUACAAAUGCCGGCCUCAUGUGCUGAUGUGCAGCUGGCUAUAAAUACCAUUUCCCAUUGGGAUGCAUGUUGUGAACAGCAUAGCAGUUCAGUAUCAUCACUACAGUAGCAUUCUGCCUCGCUCCUUUGUUUGUCGCCCCAACCACGGCGCGUUCACCCAUCAGGCCAUCACCACCACCCCUCAAGACAAGACACAAGAGUCAGCAACCAAAAGCUCCUCAACGUCCCCAAUCCAUGGACUGCGGCAGCAGAAGCGGCGGCCGGCGCCUCAAGGACCGCCUCGCCCAGCUGCUUCGCCCCGCCAAUUGCAACUCUCUCCGCCGCUCCCCCUGCAGCUCAUCCUCGUCCACCUCCGCGGCUUUCACAGCCACCGCCGCCGCCGCCGCCACCGCCACCGAGACCACCACGAUAUCGACCUCCUCCACUUCCACCACCGCCGCCAACUACACCGUCACCGGCGCCCUGCGGCCCCGCGCCGAGCCCUUCUCUGCCGCUCUCGACCGCCUGCGCCACCCUCCUCCCCCCGGUGAGCGCACGCGCGGCGACAAGGAGCCGCGCAAGGAGGGGAGCUCCUCCUCCUCCCGCCACGGCAGCCGGCGGCGUUCCAAUAACGCCGUCGUCGGCAUGGCCGCCGGCGUCAGGACGCUCUCCUCCAACCCCUACGGCUUCACCUCUUCCGGCGAGGAUGAUGGCGAUGACACCGACGACGACUGCUACGUCGACGACGACACAGAGGCCUUCCUAUCCUCGAGAAGCCUCGUGUCCUCCGACUCCGCCGCCUUCUACACGUCCAGGCGGAAGCUGCUGCCGCCGCCGCCGCCGCCCACGAACAAGAGCCGCCGCCAGAGGAGCCGGCGGCGCUGUCGGCGGCCAGCGGUGAGCUGCAUGGAGGCGACGUGCGGCGCCGGCGCCGUGAGGGAGCCGGGGUUCCGGCCGCUGGUGGCGACGACGACGGCGGCCUCGGAGCAGGUGCGGAGGGGGCUGGUGGUGGUGAAGCGGUCGCGGGACCCGUACGGCGACUUCCGGGAGUCGAUGGUGGAGAUGAUCGUGGGGCAGCAGGUGUUCGGCGCGGCGGAGCUGGAGCGGCUGCUGCGGUCGUACCUGUCGCUCAACGCGCCGCGCUUCCACCCCGUCAUCCUCCAGGCCUUCUCCGACAUCUGGGUCGUCCUCCACGGCGGCUAGCCGGACCGUCGCCGUGCGCCGGCGUACUAGCUAGUUGGAUCCAACUAGUGCAUGCGCCUGAGAGUGAUUAGUUGGGAUGUUAAGUGUAGUGUAUUAACUGGAGUAUGAUCGUUGGUGAGCCUGAGUGAGACGGUAGCUGCUGUACUUGAUUGUGAUGUGAGGUUAGCAAGCUUGAUGCUGGCUGGUUAGCUGUGCCUGAUUGAUCGUCACGUUUAAUGUUUGAUCCACUGGUUCUACCCACUAUCGGAAACACGGUGUUUGCCGUGCGCUAAAUCCUUUGCUGUGAAA